ACGUCUGGCUGUGAAGCGACGCGGUGCCGCGGUAACGCGCUCCGCCUGGCAAGGCACCUUCCAACGGAACAGACAGCAUUUGGCCAUCCCCUACCCAGACCCCACCUGAUUGAUUCCCUGUACUUGACUAAGGUAGUCUACUCUUCCAUAUCACACUCCUUGUAGUUUAAUACUCAGUUUGACCCUAUGGCGACUUAUAAAGAGAGGGUGAGCCUAUUUGAACGCCUAUUGGGUCUAGAGGCUCCUGCAGACUACGACUUUGAGCGAUUCAGGCAGCUAUGCUAUCAAGGUAUCCCCGACCAUGCCGGUAUCCGACCAAAAUGCUGGAAGAUUCUUCUCAACUACAUGCCCUUUGAUGAACGCUCACGAUGGCCUGACAUUCUGCGGUCGCAACGAACUCUAUAUUACACCUUUGUCAAGGAAUUGAUCAAAAAUCCUAGCUUGGAGGAGCUGGAGAAUGCAAAGAAGGGGCGGAUAGAUGAUCAUCCCUUGAGCGACGCGUUGGAUUCAAAGUGGCAGACGUACUUUGAGGAGCUCAGAGUGUUGGAGCAAAUUGACAAGGAUGUCCGAAGAACAUUACCCGACUUUGCCUUCUUCCAACUCCCGGUUCCCAAAACCCGAUACUCUCCCCUUCAUCGAUCGGCAGAAUCAAUUGCACCAGACUCGGAAGUCCAAAAACCCUCCACAGACGCCGACUUGAAGCCCUUCUCUCCUAUUCAAUCCCGACGAGCUCUCUUUAAACGACUAGAGCAUUUGUAUGCUGAUGAUCAGUUUGGCGCGCGCAGCCACGCACAUCAGAUACCGACAAAAGCAUCCGUAUCACCGGGUAGUUCUAACUCACAGAUAGAGAAGGACGGGGACAAUUCGACUGAAGCUCCGUUUGAGAUACCUGAAAAGGCUGAAGGGGAUGAGGGGGACUUGCACUGGGAGGCUAUUGAGCGCAUUCUGUUUAUUUAUGCAAAGCUGAAUCCCGGCAUCGGGUAUGUGCAAGGAAUGAAUGAGAUUUUGGGACCGCUCUACUACGUUAUGGCCAAUGAUACAGACGAGGAGUCAAGAGCUCAUGCGGAAGCAGAUUCGUUUUUCACAUUCACAAUACUCAUGUCCGAAUUUCGGGAUCAUUUCAUCCGAUCAUUGGACAACGUCCAGCCAGGACCCCGCGGAAUGAGCACUCGCUCCAUCUCCAUGACUUCAAUUGGGUCAGAUAAAUCACCAGGAGGCGGGAUGGUUCGUAAAGCUUCCAUGGGCGAAUUGGCAAUGGAGCUAACGAGCGGAAAUGGGAUUGGGAAUAGUAUGGCGAGACUUAUGAAACGGUUAAAGAGACGGGAUAUUGAACUGUGGAAAGAUUUUCAAGUGAAAGGCAUCCAUGCGGCAUUCUUUUCAUUUCGAUGGCUGACAUGCCUCUUGACACAAGAGUUUGCCCUUCCUGAUGUAAUACAGCUCUGGGAUUCAAUCCUCGCGGAUCUGGCGACUGAUAUUGCGGCGCCUUCCUCUCCGGGCAGUGCACAACCGGAUGAUUCACCAAGUCGAACACCGGAAGGAUACCUACGGGAGGGACGAUUUGACUUUUUGAUUGAUGUUUGUUGCGCUAUGCUGAUAUGUAUCCGUGAUGAGCUCCUUCAGGGAUCGUUUGCGGAUAAUGUGCGAAUGCUUCAGAACUAUCCAAUUUCCGACGUUGAUAUCGUCCUGCAAAAGGCAUACGCGUUCCGUGAAGAACAGAAAGAAGCCGCGCAACCUCGAGGUCAAAAGUACCCCCCGGGAACGCACUUUACUAAGAUUCUACACCGGACAGAUGCGUUCAAGCGGGAGCAGGAAAAGGGGAUUGCGUCGGCUGCUGGACCUGGUGCCAAACCGCCCAAAGUACUUUGGAUGAACCUAAUGACCAAACCAGAGCCCAUGAGAAAUCCGUUUGCCCAAAAGAAUGCUAAUACCUCCAGUCGGACACCGAUAGUUGGAUCUCCGCCUAGUACCGUAAAGCCAAACAUCAAGCCAAGCCCAAAUCAGCAUGCCACGACAACCAUGAAAAAAGCUCCACAGGCGCCCUCCCAGAUCCAUAAAUCCGCGUCCCCACCUUCCACACGAUCCCCUUCCGUACAGCCAGCAACGUCGAUAGGCGCGGUAGGGGGGAGCUUAAAGGAAGGCUUCAGUGGUUUUUUCAACCGCGUCCGCAAAGGAAGCAUCCUCACCAGCGAGGCAACCAACGGACCUCCGACCGCACCACAACCAGACAAGCCUGCUGAGACAACCACAUCCGCGUCCCUUGUGAAAGGCUUGGGUUUCAUGCGGGACAGAAUUGCAGCCAGCACUGCAGCGGUCGGAAACGCAGUCACGAAACUUGGACAAACGGUCAAAACCCCGCCAGCAGUCACCCCAACCGCCGAGAAUAAAAAGCAGCUUGAAGCCGCUCAGGAAGUCGUUUGGAUACGACCGCCUUCGGAGGAGGAUCUCCAUGUUGAUGAUGAUUAUGGGGUUGUUGGGGCUGUUGAGGAUGCUGUGAAAGUUCGUGGUGAGGAAAUUGUCAGUGGAUAAGCUAGUUUUGCGUAUACCUCAAAAUGAUAUUAGUGUGAUGAUGUGUAAUGGCUUUCCUUGCAACCCCGGAAAAUACAGAUAAUAUUUUUUGAGAAUGGUCCUAGAUAGCAAGUUUGCGCU